AUGUCUUGUGGAUUAGACUUGCCUUUUCAAUGGGAUGAUGGGAAAUUCAUUUCUCCCUUCGUUGCCAGCAGCGAUGAGGCCCUCGCGGAGUUAUCCACAUGGAUGUUUAACGCAUUGCUAUUGCCGUUUAAACAACAACAGUCCAGUGCGACACUGCGGCUUACAGAUCUCGGCUGCGGUGAUGGUCACGCAUUACUUUCCUUAUGUGCUCAUCUCUUUCUCCGUUGGGGUACUAAUGAAGAUAGUCCUAAUGCCUCUUCACUGCAAAUGAGCGUUGCCGGAUUGGAUCUUGAUGAGACACUUAUUGAUUUAGCAAAACAACGCGUUCCUUCUCUUCUCGUUUCCCCACCAAAUCAUCUUCACUGCGUUUUUGAAGUAGCGGAUGUGCGUCACUGUGAGGUGGAGCAAUACUUUCCAUUGGAUGAACGUUGUUCACAUGUGUUAUUUCUCUAUUUAUUACCGGAGGGAUUAGAAAUUAUUCGUGAUAAAUUACUGCAGGCAUUUCGUCGAGUUCAAUUUGUGGUUUCAAACCGCUGGGAGGUGCCGUUUCUCUCCAAGUGGAAAGUGGCGGAACUGCAGCGAAUGCAUGUUUAUCACUACAGUGAUGAGGAAGAAAGUUGA